AUGUAUUCCAAUACAUGAACACAAAAUUACUAAUACUGUACCUUACAAUUACUUAUUACUAUUUUUAUAAGACACCUAUAAAGUGUAACCAAUGAAACAUCCGAGCAAGUUAUAGUUUAAAGUUUAAAAAUAAUAAUUAAAAUGUAAAAUAAUGCAAUGUCAGGAGACAUAAAGAAUCUGGGGCGUCAGAGCAGUCACUAGUAAACAUUUGUUAGUGCUCUCUGUGCAAGCAGAGAUAGGCUCUGUCUGAAUCGACAGCACACUCUUAAUUGUGUCUAUGACGAGAGGACAUUACGUCAAAACCAUUUACACUGGGAUGGGGUGACAUGAGCAGUAUUGAUCCCUUCAGGAUAGAUGGCCUCGGAUGAUAUAAAACCGAAGAUGCCGGCUGGGGCAAGAGCACUGAAGACCGAAGUCCCCCGUGAUCCUCUCAACAUGUUGUCACUGGCACUGCUCUACAUUCUGGCUGUGGUUUGCUCUGCGCGGAGAACUCAUGCUCUGCCUCUGUACUCGGACACAGCUCUGCCACAGCAGGAAGAACUGAUUCAGAAACUGGUGGCAGAGGUCGAGGAGAGACAAAGCAAUGAUUUAACAGAGCAAAGGGACAUCAAAAAUGUCCUCCCUGUCCUGAUCCAAAGAGGUACAAAAGACAUUUUGCAGCAAGAGAAAAUGAACAACAUGGUGGAUGACUUAAAAGCAGUUGUUUUAAAACUAGCAGCAGCUGAUAACCUGCGUUCUCAAGGCUAUCUCCGAUCUGAGCAAAGCUUGCCCAAAAACAAUAAGAGAGCCUGUUUUUGGAAAUAUUGUGUUACAAACUAGGAAUGAAUCGGCUGAGAUGGACAGAGGGCCAGCCGAACAUCCCUUCAUGUACAAACACUUAAAAUGUAUGCCUUUGUUUUUCCAUAAAAUAUCCAUUCAGCUGCCAUUGUGAAUAUUGUUUUAUAUUUAUAUUUAUAUAUAGAUAUAUAAAGUAAACUAACAGGAAUAUGAAUGUGUUUUUUUAUCAUAAAUGAAAAUUGACCUAGAACUGCAACUGUAAAAUAAAUGUAAAAACUGA